GCGAAAGGUCUGAGAGAAAAUAAAUCUGAUGGUCGUAGCGCCGUCGAGCGCUCGAUAACGUUUUCACACGCCCAAUUUAAGCUCGCUCGCAUUGUUUUCUCCCACCCUGGCCCUGAUACGAUUAUUCUGUGAUGUUAUUUUUUUUCAUUCUUUUUUCACCCAUUAACGCACAAAAACGUUUACCCGUUCGCUCUGUUGUUUAUUCUCACCAUUUCCCGUACCCCCUCGUCACUGAAAAAAAAAAAAAAAAAAAAAGAGUUGCAUUAAAAAAGCACUAAUUGUGGAAAUUGUAUUACUAUUAAGAAAAAGCCAGCAAACGAUUGUAAAUUUUUGGUGGUUUUGCACAUCCGAUGGAACAAUAAAGUUAACCAACUGAAUGUUUAUCGCACACUUCUUUUCCAUUGCACCGUUAUUACCGAGCACCUUGAAAAGCACCUCAACAACAGCACCGUCUGCACCGAUAUAUUGUACAUACACGCACUGUACGGGCAUCCAUUGCCAACACCUACUUGAGUAUUGUCCGCACUUUUGACUGUAUCAACUGCACCAACUGUACCUGCUACUUGUACCACUACUGCUGUCUACGCUGUAUUAUUGCUUCGAUGACGAGCCGAUGUGUACCCGAGCGACUUUAAAUUGAGCAAGUAGCAAAAGGAGCAGCCGUAAUAACCAGGCCGGCGAGCCUCGCUCGGGACGCAGCCUAAAGAAGACGAGUGGUGAGGAGCCAUCGAGAAUUUUGCAUCGGCACGAGCUCAUACACAAGACCGCGCGUCGUAGUCGUUGUUCUUGUAUUGUUAUUGUUUGAUUGAGAAUUUAAGUAACAUGGUAGAAAAGAAGCGGGGCUCCGAGUCCUCGCCGAGAAUGUUCGAGUGGAUGAUCAGCAAGCACUUGGGAGGUACUUGUGUCAUGCGAAUCCACAACUGAACAGCCACUACCCACAGUUUCCACAGCGAUAAUAAUAAAAGAACAAGUGCCAUUAGCAGCAAGUACACGUAAAAAGACAAGCUUGCAGUUUCAACUCGUUAUCUCGUGCUCUCUUGCCCUUGCUCGUUGCAUCUUGCUCUCGUCCUCUUCUCGUUCCCAAAGUGAGCAAUCGAGAGCAAAUCAAGGCAAGGUAGGAGCAAACGCCCCAACAACAGGAGCAAUCAAAAGCCAAUCGGUAGCUAUCGAGCACAUCAACUGGCAAGCGGCACGACAAAGCGGCCGGGGAGCCGGAGGCGAGGAGAGCCCAGUUCGCCGACAGAGCAAAUGACGAACCCGGUGCUCAGCCGAGCGCUGGCGCUGCUGCCGGCGCUGCUGCUCGCUCUACUGCUCAGCGGGUACGCUGCCGCGCCCAGCCAGGCCCUGAGCCUUACCCAGCAGCAGCAGCAGCAGCCGUACCAUCAGUACUUCAAGCAACCACUGCAGUCACUGCACCAACAAAAGCGUCAGCUAACGGUGGAUGAGGACCUCCCGGCAUUCACGGACCAUGCCGCCUACGGCCUCGAAGAGCCGAGCAGCGCAGCGGCUGCCCGACACGCUGGUGGCAUCAUCAAUGGCUGGCUCACCUACAACAAGCGUGCCUUGCCCCACGGCCUCAGCGAGGAGCGGCUGGUGCUCCUCGACAACGUGCUCUCGGCCAUGCUGCGCAACGUCUACAAGGACCACCUGCCCGAGCAGCAAUUGACACAGCUACCCCGGUCGGCUGUGAACAAGCGCAAGCGUAAGAGCCAGGAGGAGCGGAUAGCGUUGGCGCGGCGCUCGGCUUACGGGGAUCUGCCGGUUCGGGGACUGGACGAGAGGGAGAAAGAAGGGGAGGAGGAGGAGGAGGACACUCCAAGGCUGCAAUACGCGGAGACGUCGCUCAGGCUCGGUAGGCGUAGCAGGGAGCAGUUGCUGGCGCAGCAAAAGAAGGCCCCUCCCAAGCGCAAUCACCAACAGAAGACGUCCAAGCAGGAGACCGAGAUUCGGCAGUCCCAGCAGAGUCCCGCGAACGCCGUGGCUGCGGCCUCGGCUGGUAUGGCCUCCCAGUUUCUUCUGCGCUCCGCGCGAGGCAACAGAAUCUACGACGUACCUCAGAUCGAGUGUCCGGUGUCGGACGAAGGCAUGGAGAGGUUUGCGUGCCCCACGGCGGACCGAAUAGGCCGGUAUCGCUGCAUCGACGAUCACGUGUUAUGCGACGGCUUCAUCGAUUGCCCGCAAGGAGAGGACGAGGAUAGGCAGGGCUGCAUGUUCUACAAAACCACAAAAGCGCACCUCGACGUACUGGCGGACGCUCUUCUGAGAUGGGCGAGGGGUCGUCGCUAAGCCGCUGCAUAAAGGAAACCACACGGACACACCUACACACACACACAUGCAUACAAACCGAUCCUAAUUUAAACAACGGGAACCGACGUACACGCCGAUCUAGAGCUGGAACAUCGCAUGGGAGUGGAAGAGGAACAUCGAGACGCUAUUCUUGAAUUUUAAACCUAAUUGCCGUUAGCCCCGUAUAGAAAUGAUUUUUUCCCAUCCUCCGCCACCACUUGAUGAUUUCUGUAUAGCUUAGAACAAAAAAAGUGUCAAUAGAUGCAACCUCCCCCCCCCACCACCACCCCCUUGGAGACUCCCCGCUCUUCCAAUGCGUGCAAGCCUUUCUCAUAGCGAGAGUUUCAUUGUUCCCGUCACGAUUCGCACGAGCGACAGACACUCUUAGCAGCGGCAGUCGAUUCCAAUUCAAUCGAGAGGACAAAAAGAGCGGAGGCGAAGAAAAAGAUGACGCAUUUAUGCACGAGCGUGGCGUCGAGUGGCGCCUGUUCGGUAAAAGCUCGUUGCGGACGAGAUAGAGAGAGAGAGGAGGGAAAACGUGACUGUCUGUGCCGUUCAACUGGGGAUGUGCUGAGAAGGACGAGGGCGGAUGGACAAUCACCAGCCGUGAAACUAGAGCCAAAGAUCACGCGACUGCGUCGAGGGCACACCAGUUCGGUGACAAGCGAGAGAGGAAUAAUCACAACAACCCACAGCCAGGGCCACGGGGCGAUCGGACACAAAAACCCACACACUCGUUGUCCUUGACGUCACGCACUCGCUCCAUUAUUUUCGAGUGACACCACUCACCAUCAGCUGACGCGUGCGAGCCUCACUAGUACAUACAUGUGAGGUAUAUACUCUCGCACGCAUCAAAGAGGGCGUCGCCCGGAGCUUGUUUUCUUUUCUUUCUUUUCUUCUUUUUUUUUUCUUUUUUUUUCCUUCGCAACACGCAUGACGCGUCGGCAGCCGGGACUAUCAAUCACGCGCUCCCUGCGUGUACGCAAAGGUAUAGGUACUCGGAUGUUUUGGGCGUGUGUGCCCACAGUCCGCGUGACGCACGUCGUUUUUCUCGUUUAUUCCGGCUCGGCGAUUCGCCGGUCGCCAACUAAGGCACGGCCCCGACUCGUUAUUCCUUUCGCUAGUCUCGAAACCGCGUCGAAACAGUAUCGGAAAAAGAGAAACACUUUAUCCUGCGAAUCGCGAUUGCACUCUGUUAUUGUGGUUUUACGAACUGCGUACGAUUGCAAUGCGAUGGAAAAAUAAUGCCAGGGUUGGAUAUUUUCGAGCAAAAGCGAUGAGCUUGUUUUUUUUAAUGAUACGUCGACGCUACGAAGAACACGGGAACUCUGCGUGUACUUGAGUGUUCAUCGACCGCUGUAAGUGUCAUCUGGGCGAAACUCGAUGAUGAUUUCGACUCUGCGACUUUGACGUGGUUAGAUGUAUAACCAUCAGCCUGGAAAUAUUCUGAUUCACGAAGGCAGCGCGAUGGAAAAAAAAAAAGCUCGCGAGAGCUCCUCUGGGUCGAGUAACGUCAUCGGAUGAGCUUUCCAAAUCGGGGCGAGGAAAGGAGAUACAGAGACGAGUGAGAGCAGGGUGUGGGGAAUAGUAAGGAACGAAAGCCCCGGGGAGAAGCAAAGGCAAGUAAAAUCAAUAACACCCUCGCUUCUUCCUCUUCUCUCGCGCGUUUCGAUAUCGGACGCCCCCGCCUGCUUCUUUAUAUUCCCAGUCGCCCUGGCCAUGCAUACGCGCAAUACAAACCCACGGAAAGAGGACUGCCGUGGUAGAGGGAAAGAAAAAAAAAAAAAAAA